UUGCCGCAGCCGCGGGUGGGCGGGGCCCGGGAGGGAAGCGGGAGGGGCGAGGAGCGGAGCCGGGCCCGCGCCUCGCGCCCCGCCGGGCGGGCUUCGGGCUGCGCCUGCGAGCCGGGCAGGUGGCCCCGCGCCGGAGACCCUGAGCCGCACCCGAAGGCAGCAAGCCACCUGGGAUAGAUCAGGACACCAACUCACAGAUGAAGAGCAAACCCUUCCUCUGGGCUCAGUUUUUACCUAUGAGGGGAGCAUAUGCCUUUCCCUGUUUUGUCAGCUGUUUGCUGGGGAUUUGAGGAAAGAAGCUGCUACAGCUCAAAUUGAGGAGGAGGACACUGCAGUUCGGGAUGGCUCAACCUGUCGGUCCAGAGUACUGCAGCUGGCUCAGGCCGAGCCCCGACUGCGAGAGUGAGGCACAUGGCCCCAGCAGACCGGGCCUCGGAGGGUCCCAGGCUUGAGGACCCAUCGCCCCCCACCCCCUUGGAAAGGCAAGGAGAGGAGCCUGCGCUGGUACACUCCCCUGGCUCAGUCAUGGCGAAGCUGGAAACACUGCCUGUGCGGGCUGACCCGGGGCGGGACCCCCUCCUGGCCUUUGCCCCACGGCCCUCUGAGCUUGGCCCCCCAGACCCUCGCCUGGCUAUGGGCGGCAUGGGUGGUGGGGUGGCCCAUGCCCAGGAGUUCACCAUGAAGAGCGUGGGCACCCGCACAGGGGGUGGGGGCAGCCAGGGCAGUUUCCCUGGCCCCCGAGGCAGUGGUGGCGGGGCGAGCCGGGAGAGGCCGGGCCGCUACCCCUCAGAAGACAAGGGUCUUGCCAACUCCCUCUACCUCAAUGGCGAGCUCCGAGGCAGUGACCACACCGAUGUCUGCGGCAAUGUGGUGGGUAGCAGUGGCGGCAGCAGCAGCAGCGGCAGUGACAAGGCCCCACCACAGUAUCGUGAGCCCGGCCACCCACCUAAACUUUUGGCCACCUCUGGCAAGUUAGACCAGUGCUCAGAGCCAUUAGUUCGGCCUUCAGCCUUCAAGCCUGUUGUACCCAAGAACUUCCAUUCCAUGCAGAACUUGUGUCCCCCACAGACCAACGGGACUCCUGAGGGACGUCAGGGCCCUGCUGGCCUCAAGGGUGGACUGGACAAGUCUCGGACAAUGACUCCGGCAGGUGGGAGUGGGGGUGGCCUCUCAGACUCAGGCCGAAACUCGCUCACAAGUCUGCCCACCUACAGCUCCAGCUAUAGCCAGCACCUGGCACCCCUUAGUGCCUCCACCAGUCACAUCAACCGCAUCGGCACUGCCAGCUAUGGGAGUGGUGGUGGCGGGGGCAGUAGUGGUGGUGGGUCAGGCUACCAGGACCUGGCCACCUCUGACAGCGGGCGGGCCUCCAGCAAGAGUGGGUCAUCCUCCUCUAUGGGGCGGUCAGGCCACCUGGGUUCGGGGGAGAGUGGAGGCGGAGGCUUGCCGUUUGUGGCCUGCUCUCCACCCUCACCCAGCACUCUGAUCCAAGAGCUGGAGGAGCGGCUGUGGGAGAAGGAACAGGAGGUGGCAGCUCUGCGGCGGAGCCUGGAGCAGAGUGAGGCGGCCGUGGCCCAGGUGCUGGAGGAGAGGCAGAAAGCGUGGGAUCGAGAGCUGGCCGAGCUGCGGCAGGGCUGCAGUGGGAAGCUGCAGCAGGUGGCCCGCCGUGCCCAGCGCGCCCAGCAGGGCCUGCAGCUGCAGGUGCUUCGGCUGCAGCAGGACAAGAAGCAGCUGCAGGAGGAGGCAGCUCAGCUGAUGAGGCAGCGAGAAGAGCUAGAAGACAAGGUGGCCGCCUGCCAGAAGGAGCAGGCUGACUUCUUGCCCCGGAUGGAGGAAACGAAGUGGGAGGUAUGCCAGAAGGCUGGGGAGAUCUCCCUCCUGAAGCAGCAGCUCAAAGAUUCGCAGGCAGACGUGUCUCAGAAGCUGAGUGAGAUUGUGGGUCUGCGCUCCCAGCUUCGAGAGGGCAGGGCCUCACUGAGGGAAAAGGAGGAGCAGCUGCUCAGCCUGAGGGACUCCUUCAGCAGCAAGCAGGCCAGCCUGGAGCUGGCAGAAGGAGAGCUGCCUGCCACUUGCCUCAAGGCUACACUGACCCCUGUGGACCCAGCUGAACCCCAGGACACAUUGGCCACUUGUGAGAGUGAUGAGGCCAAGAUGCGCCGACAGGCUGGGGUGGCUGCCGCUGCCUCCUUGGCUUCCUUGGAUGGGGAGGUGGAUGCUGGAGGGGAGAAUGGGACGAGGGCCCUGCGGCGGGAGGUGGGCCGGCUGCAGGCUGAGCUGGCUGCUGAGAGGCGGGCACGGGAGCGCCAGGGCGCCAGCUUUGCAGAGGAGCGCCGGGUGUGGCUGGAGGAGAAGGAGAAGGUCAUCGAGUACCAGAAGCAGCUGCAGCUGAGUUACGUGGAGAUGUAUCAGCGCAACCAGCAGCUGGAGCGGCGGCUGCGGGAGCGUGGGUCUACCGGGGGUGCUAGCACGCCUACCCCCCAACAUGGAGAGGAAAAGAAAGCCUGGACACCCUCCCGCCUUGAGCGCAUUGAGUCCACAGAAAUCUGACCCCCUAUCUGGGCAUGUGGCCUUUUGACAAAUGCUCUGCCAAAGGCCAGCAGCAUCCCCAGUGUCUCCUCCCUUCCAUCUCUUCUCCCCAUGUCCCCCAUCUCCCCAGACCAAAGAGAUUCUCAAAGCAGCUGUGACCAGGCCCCUCUCCUUUCCCCUCCAGGCAGCCCACUUGAGCCCUCCCCCCAAGGAGGGAAUAAAGAGGGCAGAGUGAGUGGGGACGAAGGGUUCAGGCAGCAGGGAACCCAUGCUCCCUUUCUUGGUGCAUCCUUGCUGGAGAUGGAGGUGGCAGGCCUGAGGCACCGUAAGGGACCCUGGCCCCUUGGUGGGUCGAGGCUGCUACUGUCAGUUCUCCUGUGUCCAGUGAUGCUUGCUGUGCUCACCUCCUAGGCCAUGUAGCCUGGGAGGGGACCUGCUGAAGCUGACUGACCUUGGGCUCCUGGCCUCUCUCCUUCCUGCACUGUUCUCCCUCCCCAGGGAAAUUGGCAGGACAAGUGGAGCAGAUGGCCAGCCUGUGGUUGAGAGGGCUGCCUGGCCAGCCCCUCCCUGAAAGGUCUCUGUGCUUGGCCCUCAGAGCCUGGACUGGUCCUGCGUGUAUGUGCCUCCACAUGUGUGUGUUGGGAGAGAGAGGGAGGCUCAGUGCCCAGGGAAGUUCUGCCCUUCUCUUCUUGGGAAAGGUUACCUGGAAGUUCUUAGCUCUUCCCCCCACCCUUCUGGUCAGGACCCACAGGGCCAGGGCGAUGGCCCUGUCUGCUUGGCUGACCCACACCCAGGGCCACUGUUGGCUUUCACUACAGCUAUUAAGUGCUACCUGCCUCUCAGGCACUCUUCUCACCCAGAUUCUGAGGUCACGUGAGUGUCUGUGAUGUCUUCCUGUGUCUUCCCCUAACCCGAUUCCCUCAGCCUUCUCUGCUUUCAUGCUCAGAGCAUCAUUGUUCCAGGCCACCUCUUCCCCUAAACCUCACCUUUUCUUCCACUAGAAAAUUCUGCUUGAUCUUUGGUGCACUGCCCACUUCCAAGCUCCACUGGGUGCAAGCCUGAGCCUGAGGCCCUUCUUUUGAAGAUCUAGGGGGUGGUGGUGGUUGUGAUUGCCCUUGAAAGACAUGGCUGACCUGAGAGAAAUGUUGACCCCCUGAAUUCCAGGGCCCUAAGGUACCCCAGUGUUUGCCCAAGAUAGGCCUGGCAUGGCCAUCAGUGGAGCUGGGAGAACCAAUGUCACUUCCUCCUCUCAAGGCCCUUUCAGAAGUCUGUCUCCUCAAGAUAGGAAGGAAAUAGCAAAUUUCUUAUUCACCAGCAAUAAAAAAUGGAGGAGGCUUGGCCCUCAGCCCUUGUAUUUCUCUUUUCACUACUUUCCUCCCAUCCCAAAGACUGGGUUGGGGGGGCAGGAUGGAGAGAGCUGGCAAUUACUGUGAGCAAGUCCCCCAACCCCUGUCCAGCCUCCUCCCAUGACUGGUGACUGUUUAAUGAGCUGUGUGUCCCCCACAAAAACAGGAGUGCCUCUGUGUGGCCUCUGUCCCUUUGCACAGCACCUUCUGGGUGGCCCUCACCAUAUCUCUGAGUUGCACUGGGGCCACCCUGGCAAUCACUGCCCAUUCCACUUACCCCUCACUGGGCCUGGGCCAGAGGGGCAGGAGGAAGAGAAGGCAUUAGUAAGAAGAAAUAGAAGAAAGUAUGAACAGACUCAGCUUUGGGACUUCCAACCACAAAAGAAAUUAUAUAUAAAUAUAUAUAUAUAAAAUAUAUAUCUACCAUAUGUGAUGGAAAGAUUUCAUUUUCUUUUCCCAAAGAAAUAAAAUGGAGAAAGCCUCUUGAGUGGCA